GGAUGAUGCUUCUGAGUCUUGGAAAACCAUCUGCUCAGCAGGAAGAUGAUAGCAUCAAAGUUUGGCUGGAAGGUGGAGGUCCAGUACUUCUUUGUUCUAGUGGUGGUGGAGUGAGCUUGUCAUCAUGGGGGAACUGUUCAGGAGUGAGGAGAUGACACUGGCCCAGCUCUUCCUCCAAUCAGAGGCAGCCUACUGCUGCGUCAGUGAGCUGGGAGAACUGGGCAUGGUCCAGUUCAGAGAUCUGAAUCCUGAUGUCAACGUGUUCCAGCGCAAGUUUGUGAAUGAAGUGAGGAGAUGUGAGGAGAUGGACAGGAAACUGAGGUUUGUGGAGAAAGAGAUCAAGAAAGCUGCAAUCCCAACUGUGGACACUGGAGAGAAUCCAGAGGUGCCCUUUCCCAGGGACAUGAUCGACCUGGAGGCCACCUUUGAAAAGCUUGAGAACGAACUGAAGGAAAUCAACACCAACCAGGAGGCCCUGAAGAAGAACUUCCUGGAGCUGACGGAGCUCAAACACAUCCUCCGCCGAACGCAGCAGUUCUUUGAUGAGAUGGAGGAUCCCAACCUGCUGGAGGAGUCUUCCUCCCUGAUGGAGGGCAAUGAGGGGGGUCGAGGGGCCCCACUCAGACUUGGGUUUGUGGCCGGAGUGAUCAGCAGGGAGAGGAUUCCAACCUUUGAGAGGAUGCUGUGGAGGGUGUGCCGGGGAAACGUCUUCUUAAGGAAGGCAGAGAUUGAGGAUCCUCUGGAGGACCCCGCCACGGGAGACCAAGUCGUCAAAUCAGUGUUCAUUAUCUUCUUCCAAGGCGACCAGCUGAAGAACAGGGUGAAGAAGAUCUGUGAGGGGUUCCGUGCCUCUCUCUACCCGUGUCCAGAGACCCCACAGGAGAGGAAGGAGAUGCUGGCCGGAGUCAACAGCCGCAUCGACGACCUCCAGAUGGUGCUGAACCAAACAGAAGACCACCGUCAGCGAGUGCUGCAGGCCGCCUCCAAGACCAUGCGGGUGUGGUUCAUCAAGGUGAGGAAGAUGAAGGCCAUCUACCACACGCUCAACCUGUGCAACAUCGACGUCACCCAGAAGUGUCUGAUUGCUGAGGUGUGGUGUCCCGUCUCGGACCUGGACUCCAUCCAGUUCGCUCUCCGCAGAGGGACGGAGAGGAGUGGCUCCACAGUGCCGUCCAUUCUCAACAGGAUGCAGACCAAGCAAACCCCGCCCACCUUCAACAAGACCAACAAGUUCACGUCAGGCUUCCAGAACAUCGUGGACGCCUACGGCAUCGGGAACUACCGGGAAAUCAAUCCAGCUCCAUACACCAUCAUCACCUUCCCCUUCCUGUUUGCUGUGAUGUUUGGGGACAUGGGUCACGGCACACUGAUGACCUGUGCUGCCCUCUACCUGGUGAUCAGAGAGAGUCGCCUCGUCGCCCAGAAGAGUGACAACGAGAUAUUCAACAUGGUGUUUGCUGGUCGCUACAUCAUCCUGCUGAUGGGGCUCUUCUCCAUGUACACUGGAAUCAUUUACAACGACUGCUUCUCCAAGUCACUCAACAUGUUUGGCUCUGGAUGGAGCGUCAGGCCAAUGUUUAGCACAAAAGGAGCCAACUGGACGUUUGAGACACUCGAUGGAAAUCGGGUGUUGCAGUUGGACCCGGCUGUUCCUGGUGUGUUCAACGGGCCUUACCCACUCGGAAUUGACCCGAUCUGGAACCUUGCCACCAACAAGCUGACCUUCCUCAACUCCUUCAAGAUGAAGAUGUCUGUGAUCGUGGGCGUCACCCACAUGCUGUUUGGAGUGUCUCUCAGUCUCUUCAACCACCUGUACUUCAAGAAGCCUCUGAACAUCUUCCUGGGCUUCAUCCCUGAGAUCGUCUUCAUGGCCAGCCUGUUCGGAUACCUCGCCCUGCUGGUGUUCUACAAGUGGACAGCCUACGAUGCCUUCACCUCCAAGGACGCGCCCAGCCUGCUCAUCCACUUCAUCAACAUGUGUCUCUUCAACUACAAUGACCCCACUAACAAACCCCUCUACAGGGGGCAGAUGGCGAUCCAGAUUUUGUUAGUGCUGAUUGCCCUUUCAUGUGUACCCGGUAUGCUGUUUGUGAAAACGUUGAUGCUUCGGCGUCAGCACCUGUGGAAACUCGAAGUGUCCAAGAAGAGGGAAGAAACCCCUGCAGAGAAUCUAGAGCAGUCUUUAGAGCAAACAGGCGUUUCCUCAUCACGCUCCGGACUCACCCAACAGGGCACGCAGAAGUUCGGAGCGGUGCGGGUGGGCAACGGGCCCACGGAGGACGAGGCUGGCAUUAUGGACCAUGACCACCUCUCCCAGCACUCAGAGGAAGGAGAUGAGCCCUCAGAAGAAGAGCCGUUUGACUUUGGUGAUGUAGCUGUUCACCAGGCCAUCCACACCAUUGAGUACUGUCUGGGAUGCAUCUCCAACACAGCUUCCUACCUGCGCCUCUGGGCCCUCAGCUUGGCUCAUGCACAGCUGUCGGAGGUGCUGUGGACCAUGGUGAUGCACCUGGGUCUGUCUUCCCGCAGCGGAGCGGGGUUCUUCGGCCUGUCAAUCAUCUUUGCGGCCUUUGCCACGCUCACUGUUGCCAUCCUGCUCAUCAUGGAGGGGCUGUCAGCGUUCUUGCACGCCCUGCGUCUGCACUGGGUGGAGUUCCAGAACAAGUUCUACUGCGGCCAAGGCUUCAAGUUUUUUCCCUUCUCCUUCGAGAGCAUCCUGGAGGGACGGUUUGACGAGUGACCGGCCUCAGCAUGAGCCAGCAGAAUCCCCCCCACCCCUCCUCCUCUGUGUAUGUGUUUUGUGUGCAUGAACCAAAGUGCAGUCCGCUGUCACACUCUAGUGGUCAUUUGUGAAACUGUUAUUGUGUGUGAGCUAUAGUGUGGUCCUUGUGAAGGGUUUUUCCAGCGCACAUGUGCCAGGCUGUACCCAUACAGGAGCGUCUAUUGCUGGGGCACAGUACCCUCACUGUUCCCAGCUUUCAGUCUGUUCACCUCGCAGUAACAACAUCUCCUCUGCCAACAUCUAUACCACUGAACCUCUGCUGUCAAAUCCUGUCAAACUGCACCACAGUUUUGAUGGAGCAGGUUUUCUCAGAGUGGUAAAAUACUUCUAACCUGUGUUUUGUGACGGUACCCAACGCAUACUGCAUGUACAGCUUGGGAUGGUGAGGCAGUGGAAAAACCCUAUAAAGAUGAAUCUUCUGAAAAUGACUGGAAGUCCAGCUUUUACUCAUCUGAAUUCAGAUAAUCUACUUACCACCAUUGUAGAAAAUCCAGUGGUAAACUUGAAGUUUGAGUGUUGCUCUGUCCAAAAAAUGACAAAUUAUCAGACAGUCCAUGGGAAUAACAAUGAAUAUAAGAAUAACACAAGGUGGAAGGUCUGUCUAAACACUAAAGGUCAGAUGAAAGGUAUUUGAGAGAGAAAUAAAAACUGCAUUAUUAAGUUUAUAAGCCAACAUUUUGCUUCAUAUUUGAGGUGCAGUUUUUCUAAUCUGAGUAAUAACUACAAAUGACAGUCAAGUCCUAUAAACUGGUAUCAUUCAAUAAUGUGCUGCCCAUGUUGUGUGGCCAAAAUGAUGACAUAGCUCAACACUCAAGUGGGGUUUUUGCCAUGAAAUGUCGUAAAAAGACACCCAUAUAACCCCAACUUUAUAGAAUCAUAGUAUGGAUCAGAUAUAUGUGUUGCUUUUACCAUUAGUGUUAUAUUGGCAGAAGAUCAGGAAUGUCUUUGAUGAGAUGAAGACAGGGUGUCCUCUGAUGAUCUGCCACGUCCCUCUGCUCAUUCUGUGUUAUUGGUGUUGUAAACCAGUGGAAGAACUGAAGUCAUGCAUUUAGACAAAAGGGAAUUAUUCGGAAUGACUACCAGUUGCUUUAGAAACGUUACGACGAUAUUAUCAAAGACUUGUGACACAACUUCUUUCAUCUAUUGUUUUUUAAAUGUACAAUACUUUUCAAACAUAUCUGAGCUUUUUUUUAAAGGACAGUGUGCAAUACUUUGAACAAAUGAUAUAAAGGCCAACAUCUCUAUUCUGUUCAAACUGAGGCACAUUAGAAUCAUAGCAGCAAUCAAGUUAGUCUAAUGACAGUGUUUUCCAUUUUCCUUAUGUUAUGAUUACUUUUAAAGUGUUUACAUUAAAUGUUUUAAUGUAUUUACAUUGCAACGACACAUGCAACUGAUGUUGGUCAGUGACAGUGAUGUGGAAGUGUUUGUGAUCAAUAAUAAACAGACCUGGGGAUUCA